CCUCUCCCAGCACCUCGGGUCGAUAACCUGGUGGGCAAGGCAGCGGCGGGAAAGGGAGGGGAGCGCUGGAGGCUGCUGGUUAAACUGGAACGAGGCGCGGCGGCCUCCUUGCAGUCCCUGCCCUGGGGACUCUGACCCCGUGGGCCGGCGAGGGGAGUGCUGAGCAGCCCUGCAGCCGCUGGGACAGAGCUGGGGAGAAGCAGAGCAGGAUGGAUCCCACCAUAGAGUUGGCAGAGGACCCCAGGUUCUCCCGCCCGUUGGUGGAGAUGCUGAUCAGGAACUUCAGCGUGCCCGCAGCCUGCUUCUCCCUGCCGCCAACCUCCUGGCAGCUGCUGCACCAGCUGGACCUGGCACAACUAGCCAUCCUGGGCCUUGCCACUAUCAUGACACUGCUGUCAGUCGUGAUCUACGUGGAAGAGGCUUUCUAUCUCACCCGCAAGAUCCGCUGCCCCAUCAAGAUGAAGACCCUCUGCUGGACUAGCUCAGCCCCUGCAGUUGUGUCUGUGGUCAGCUGCUUUGGGCUGUGGAUCCCACGCUCCAUGAUGGUGGUGGAGAUGGCUACCACAGCGUACUUUGCUGUCUGCUUCUACCUCAUGAUGCUGGUCAUGGUGGAGGGCUUUGGGGGAAAGGAGGCAGUGCUCAGCACCCUGAAGGACGUGCCCAUGGUGAUCAGCACUGGCCCCUGCUGCUGCUGCUGCCCCUGCCUGCCCCCAAUCACUAUGAGCAGGAGGAAACUUCGACUGAUGAUGCUGGGGACACUCCAGUACCCCUUCUUCAGGGCGGUUGCCGUCUUCCUAGGGCUGGUCCUGGCUGCUGAUGGGAACUACAAUCCUGCUGAUAUCUCAGCAGAAAGCGUGGCCCUCUGGAUCAACACUCUGGUUGGUGCUUCCACCCUCUUUGGGCUGUGGGCUCUGGCCAUCCUCUUCCGGCAGGCCCGGCUGCACCUGAGCGAGCAGAACAUCAGUGCCAAGUUCUUCUGCUUCCAGAUCCUCCUCAUCCUGACCGCACUGCAGCCUGCCAUCUUCAGCAUCCUGGCCAACAAUGGCAACAUAGCCUGCUCACCACCCUUCUCCUCCAAGGCCAGGUCACAACAGAUGAACAUGCAGCUGUUGAUCCCACAAACCUUCAUCUUGGUAGUGGUGACGCGGAUAUACUACCGCAAGCAAGAUGAUAAGCCAGGCUACCAGCCUGUCAGCUUCGUGUCCACAGACACUGAUGGCAAGGUGUGAGCAAUUGGGGAGCCAAGGAGCAGAGUGAGGUGAGGGCCUGGUCAACUAUCUCCUUCCCUGGCCCUGGGGAGCUGCCAGCAGCAGAGCAGGCAGAGGGGGAAAGAGCAUCUUGGUGGGGGGUGAAACGGUCUGAAACCUGAAAGCCACAAGUCAAAGCGAUUUGUGAAGCCACCCCCAGGCCAGGGGGCUCUUA